UAUGAAAAUGAUGAAAAUCAAUCAUGGAUGUAUAUCUUCAAACCGAGGAUAUUUGCUUAUGGCGUGAAAUUCGAAAAUUAUCGCCCAAAUUUUUGCCCAAUAUUGAAAGAUUCUUUAUAUUUGGAGACAAUUGCUCUUCGGCAUUGUUGUUGACUAGAGAUGAAAAUCGUCGUGUGUUCGCCACUGGACAAUGGAUAAAAAGUUCAUGUGACCUGAAAGAAAUCGAAAGUCUUCGCGGAAAACAAAUAUUCGAUGUGAUUGCCACUGAUUUCAAACUAUACUUGGUCAUUGGAGUUCAACCAAAAAGUGAUGACCAAUGCAAUGUAAUCAAAAAUUUAUACUCGAUAAUGUAUAGUGAAACUGAUAAUGAAAUGAAGCUUGAGAUAGAAAAUGUUCAAAAUUAUCAUUGUUUCAAAACCAAAAUGUUGGCUUUGGACCAUUCCAACAUUUUAUGGCAUUCAAAUCUUUUCGAUCAACAACCAAAACGCUGUCAACCACCAUUAAUGGAUAAUGAAGCAAUUGUAGAUUUUGUAUGCUCAUCAAAUGUUUCAUUAUUGAUGACCAAUCGCAAUCGACUUUUGUCGUGGACAUCCAUAUCGAUAGAGCCGAUCCAUAUCAGCUGUAAAUCAGAUGAUAUCACGAAGAAUACAUCUAUAAAAAUCAAAAAAUUAAUUUCCUUUGAUUCUGAUCAAUUUCUGAUCAUCAGCAUUGAUGAUUAUCUUUAUCAAUUUAGAUAUACGGAAAACUCAACUAAAACAUUCCUUGCUGAUUCUGUCAAUCUAGAUGGUGGUCGAAUUCAUGAUAUUAUUGGUUCUCCGAAUGGCUAUGUGUUGGUUCUUAAUGAUGGAAAAUGUUGGGCAUACGAUUGUUAUGAUUCAAAAAUGAUUCGAACUGGCCAUCGUUGUCUUUCGGAUGUAUAUUGUCUUUAUUUACACAAUUCUACCCCACGGCUCACAUGGUUGCCAGUGGAUUUGAACCAAACAAUUAUUCAAUUCGGUUCAUUUAAUAAUAUCAAAGAAUCGGAUAUAAUUUUCGAAAUACGAUUUAGUAAUUAUAUAAUCACAAUGAAUCGUCAAACAUUGAUAAAUCACUUAGAUUAUUUUCGUGAAAAAUUCCAAGAUGGAGAAUGGUUCGAUUUGGAUUUCAUUUAUUUGGAUAAAUACAGUUACGCUUCAUGGUAUGAAUAUUUUCGUUUCAUUUAUUGUGGUCAAUUACGACCAUUAUCGUUAUGGCCUCAAGAAACUUUGAUCGAACUUUAUGAUAUGGCAAAUGAAUUUAAUGAUGAUCGUCUUCGUAGAUUAAUACCAGAAAAAAUCUAUGAUGAACAUGCACCACCAUUACCAUUGAAAAUAAAAAAAUUGGAAAAUACAUAAAUUUAUAUUCGAUUUAAUUUAUAAAAUAUUUUAUUUUAAAUAAUCAUUGUCAUAUUGUUGUUAGGAUUAUGUUGAUGUUUUUGUUUAUGAAAACAAAAAUAAUAAAACAUCAAAAACAAUGAAGGCAAUGGAUGUAAAAUCACCAUUAUAGAUGCAAACAUUACGAUCAAUAUUUUUUUCCAUUUCUCUUUUAUAAUUUCUAUAAAUACACAAAAAGAACAAAAAAAAAUCACCAUCGAAAAAAAUUGAGAUUGAACUUACUGUCGUCGUUCUGGGUAGAAGAAA